ACACUUUUUUUUAGAAGUGUAUGUAAUAUUCCUAUAUAAGAGCUCCAACCUCUAAAGUUAAAAAUAGAAGAAGAAAAUCAGUAUUCUCAAGUACUUAGGAGUUAGGAGUGAAUGGAAGGUCUUAUGCAAUGUGGGGCCAACUAUGUGCCUCUUAGUCCCAUUAGCUUCUUGGAAAGAGCUGCAAGAGUUUAUGGUGAUCAAAUCUCUGUAAUUUAUGGAGGACUUGCUUAUACUUGGAAACAAACUCAUCAAAGAUGCAUGCAAUUGGCUUCUGCACUUUCAUCUCUUGGAAUAUGUUAUGGUGAUUGUGUUGUUGCCUUACUCCCAAAUAUCCCAGAACUCUAUGAAUUACAUUUUGGAGUCCCUUUUGUUGGAGGUGUCCUUUCUACAAUUAACCCCAAGAUUAACGCACCCACCCUAUCCUCAAUGUUCGAGGAAUUGUUGCCCAAAUUCAUUUUUCUCGACUACAAAAACCUCGAACCAGUGCUUCAAAUUCUUAAUCAUUCCGAUUAUAAAACAAGCAAGCCCCCUAUUGUAGUCCUUACUUCAACAUCAAAUUGUGUCAACAAAUUACCUAAUCACAUGUACUAUAAUGAGCUCCUUAGUAUGGGCCAAUCGGAUUCUUACAAACCCGUUUUGCUCAAGGAUGAAUGUGAUCCAAUCCUAGUGAACUACACGUCUGGUUCGACUGGUCGUUCUAAAGGUGUGGUGUAUAGUCAUAGAGCUACCUACCUCAACACACUCGGAGAAAUUCUUAGGAGUGACUUAAGGCAGAAAGCUAAGGUUGUUUUCUUAUGGACAGCCGAUAUGUUUCGAGCUAAUGGAUGGGGAUUUACAUGGGCUAUUGCUGCGCUUGGUGGAACGAAUGUGUUCUUAUACGACACUAACAUACUUCCUUCUAUAUGUAUGUAUAAAGUCACUCAUUUAUCGGGUCAGCCAAGUAUUUUAACAACCAUACUCGAUGAAUUUCACACAAACCCGAGUGAAGUGAUUGUGUCACAUAAGGUUUAUGCACAUAUUGCUGGUGUAAUGCCAAGUAGCGACGCAAUGGAAAGGGUACAGAAGUUGGGGAUCGAGGUUGUGUAUAGGUAUGGAAUGACCGAGAUUUUAGGCCCUCCGGUGAUUACAAAGUUGCAUAAUAAUAGAAGAUUGAGAAAUGAAUUGAAUAUAGUGGAUCAUAUAAUGGAAGAAUUUGAUGUAAAGGAUCCAAAUAGUAUGGAAAGUGUAGUAUUUGAUGGUAAAAGUAUAGGAGAAGUUAUGUUUAGAGGAAAUGGUUUGAUGAUGGGUUACCUAAAUGAUCUAACUAAGACCGAAAAGGCUUUCAAGGGUGGAUGGUUUCAUACCGGGGAUUUAGCUAUUAGGCAUAAAGACGGGUCUAUACAACUCAAAGAUCGAUUAAUCGAUGUGAUUGUAUCGAAAGGAGAACGUAUAAGUAGUUUGGAAAUUGAAGCGGUGUUAUUGACUCAUCCGAAGAUUUUAGAAGCAGCAGUGGUUGCUAUGCCUGAUACGAAUCACAUGUUAAGUGAUGAUGAAGUACCUUGCGCGUUUCUUAAGCUUGCAAAUGGAAGUGAAGCAAGCCAAGGAGAAAUUAUUCAGUUUUGUAGGGAAAGAUUGCCUAAUCAAAUGAUUCCUAAGCUUGUUGUUUUUGGAAAUUUGGCUAUUAGUUCUACCGGGAAAGUGCAAAAAUUUAUUCUAAGGCAACUAGCAAGAAAUUUAAGUAGCCAGCUCAUAUAGAGUCAAAGUUAUCAACUCAGUAUCCCGCAUAAGUCAUGAUUCAGAAAAGGAGGAUAGCGGACAAAUAAUACUUGUGCCCCUUUCAAGGAAAAGACAAGGAGAAAUGCGCCCAGCCAGUUGGGCUAGUAUUGUAUGAUCACAUGGUAUUCAGCAUGUAUAGUAUGAUAUGAUAGUUUGUAUAUGUGUACUCAUCUUUUAUUAUGUGUAUGUGAUUGAAACAAUAUUGGGCUAUUAUAGGAUAUUCGUUGGAUAUGCUUGGGUUAACUGCAGGUUGAUCUCGAAUAUUUUUGAGUUUCUGAGUAGAAUUAUAAAUUGUAUAUGCCCCUAUGUAUAAUAUUUUUCACAUAAAUUUAAGAUAUAUAAAAUUGAAAAU